AUGGAUUUGACAAAGGUUUUGCCCGCAGACUGCAUUUCAAAUAUUAUUUCUUUAACAUCUCCGAAGGAUGCUUGCAGAUCUUCUUCUGUUUCUUCCCUUUUCAAAACAGCCGAAGAUUCAGAUAAUGUGUGGGAAAAGUUUCUGCCUCAAGAUUACAAGGACAUGAUAGCUGAAUCCUCAUCCCAAUCCUUCAUUAGUUCUUUGAACAAGAAACAAAUUUUCUUUCAUCUUUGUGAUCAUCCGGUUCUUUUGAAUGAUGGUGAAAUGAGUCUUGGCUUAGAGAAAGAUAGUGGUAAAAAGUGCUGCAUACUUGGUGCAAAGAGCCUUGCUAUUGUUUUGGGAGAUACGAAAUCUUACUGGCAGUGGAUUUCUUUACCAGAAUCUAGAUUUAAUGAGGUGGCGAAACUCAACUACGUGUGGUGGCUUGACAUUAAAGGAAGAGUAAGGGCUGAUGUUUUGUCGCCAGGAACAAUAUAUUCUGCAUUCUUCGUGUACAAGUUAGAAGGCGACCAUUCUAUGGCAGAUAGAUUUGUGGAGAUGAGCGUGAACAAUGAAAAGAGCUUUAGUGGGUCCCACAGAAGAGUGAUCUUAGACCCUUCGACGACGAAUUCAAUAAUGAGAAAGAAAGGGAGAGCAGGUCGCAAGAGAGAAGAUGGAUGGAUGGAGGUUGAGAUGGGAGACUUCUUUAAUGAAAAUGGAUGUAAAGGCUUCAUGGAGUUCAGGCUAUGGGAGACUAAUGGCUAUAUCAAAGAUGGCCUUAUUGUUGAAGGAAUUGAGUUCAGACCAAAACGUUUUGGAUAUAUGAUGUGGCUGUAA